AUUCGACCGGACUAUGAAAGUUCCAGGCGGUUGUUGGCAAUAGCAUAAGCAGAAAUCGUCGAUAGCCGUGAAGAUCGGCGGUCGGGUGUGACGGCGGCGGGCGGCAAUCGGCACGGCAUCGACAUCGGCAUCGGCAAUACGAAAUACGAAACGUCGACGGCCGGCGUGGCGAAGGCAGGCCGCUCUUUCACCGCGUGUCGUGCGCGUUGUUACCAUUGGCUUGGGCCGCACCUGCUCGGAUUGGCGCGGGAUGGAGGGGUUGCGCCAUUACGAUCUCUAGUACCGCGGAUAAGGCAUAGAGGGCUAUAGACUGCACAUACAUGGGUCAUAAAGGAUUCGAAGAAGUAGAGGAGAAGGACGCGUAAGAAAUCACUCUGGUUUAAACGAGUGCCGGCGGUCGUAAAAGAGCGCGGCGCGAAAUUGCUCACGACACGUUUUUUUCACGGACUAUGGUAAUCAGUGCGCGGUGCGGGUGCAGUGAUCAGGCCCGACAGCGAUGAGUUCCAAAUUCAUCAUCGAUAGCAUGCUCCCGAAGUACCAUCAGCAAUUUCAGCAUCAACACUUGUUCCAAACGUCGCCGGUUAGUACUUCUUCCCUUGAGGCCAGCCUCGCUUCUGGUAUAGUAAACUAUAGUUCCUCUGCCGGUUCACCUAGCGGUUCUUCCCCACAACAUUCGAACAGCAGCGCUUCCUCCACAUCGCCAGCAUCCAGGAUGUAUCCGUAUGUAUCUGCUGCUACUGCCGCGGCUCAUCAUCAUCAUCAACAGCAAGCUGUAGCGGCUGCAGCAUUUAAUGCGGCCGCCACCGGUUCUAUGGUACCUGGAGGGUUUCCUUCUAGUGCUAGCACAGCAGCUUUGGCUGCAGCCGCGGCUGUAGAUGCGGCGGCAGACAAGUCUUGCCGAUAUACGGCUGGAUUGACCGGAAAUGUAGCACCCACAGAUUCAAUGGUGAAUUAUACUCUUGGCCAUCAUCACCAGAACGGUGCAGCUGUGUCUGCUGCUAGCUCAGUAAGUGCUGCUUCAGCUUCAAUGGCUGUAGCUGCACAAUUUUAUCAUCAGGCUGCUAGCGCCGUCGUUGAUCCUUUGACUUCUUGCUCUCAACCAACUGCUCCCGGCGGACAGCCUAUUCCUGAUAUUCCUAGGUAUCCAUGGAUGUCAAUCACAGACUGGAUGAGUCCCUUUGACCGGGUCGUCUGUGGUGAGUACAAUGGUCCAAAUGGAUGUCCAAGAAGACGAGGCCGACAAACUUACACCCGCUUCCAAACCUUAGAAUUAGAAAAAGAGUUUCACUUUAAUCACUACCUAACGCGACGAAGAAGAAUAGAAAUCGCACACGCGCUUUGCCUUACCGAACGUCAAAUCAAAAUCUGGUUUCAAAACAGACGGAUGAAAUUAAAAAAAGAAUUGAGGGCAGUUAAGGAAAUAAACGAGCAAGCGAGAAGAGAACGGGAAGAACAAGAGAGACAUAAGCAGCAGCAACAAGAGAAACAGAAACAAAGUAUGGGUGGAGGCGAGAGCAUCCAUCACCAUCACGAUUCAAUUAAAAUGAACAUGACGAAAUCUGAAAGUCCGUCGGAUUUGUUGAAAACAGUCACGAAAGUACCGACAUAAAUUAUUUGUGCCAUAUUAAGAUCGACAUUUUUGUUUUUAAAAAAGAUUUUAUUCAACCUUUUCUUUUGUUGUGUUUGUGUUUUUAUGGACGAUGUUUUGGUGUAUAUAGUUUGCGAUGAGAUUAAAUUUAUAAUUAAUUUUUAUUAUAAUUUUUAAAUUAUUUGCUUGGAAAAUAUGUUUUUUAAAAAGGCAUUUAUUGGGAGCUUUUACUUUUUUUUAAUUACCUAAUAACACUUUCUUAAAAAAUAUAUUUAACGUUACCUUAAAUAUGUUUUUACGCCAACUAUUUUGGACAGUGCUGUGUUAUUUGACAUUUCGUGCGUAUAUAAUAAAUUUGUGUAUUUUAGUUUUUUGGACUUCGAUAGGUAUUAGAAGCCAGUGCAGAUAAACGUUAAUAAAAGUUUUUUUU